CUCAAGACAAGUUUUUCUUCAUUAACUUCUUCUAUCGGAUCUCUCUUUUUCUCUCUCUCAAUCAUCAUGAUGAAACAGUAUAUGUCCAAGGUGACCGAGUUCUUUAAGGCUCCUAUGACCAACGGUAUGGCUCUUGGUACAGCGGCCGUCGCAGUUAUGGCAAGCAAGCGAGACCUAUUCAUGGAACAGUUGGCCACAAAGAAGAAGGAGUACUUCAAGGAGGAGAAGUCGGCGACGGGCUUGAAGGAGAACGUGGUGGAGGCCGAUAAGAAGGAGUCGGCGGCGGACGUGAAGGAGAACGCAGUAUAGAGGAGUAGCGUUAAUGAGUUUUAGUUUGGUCUUUUGGUUUUGAUGUUUUCUAGCUAGUUUGAUCAGUUUGUGGUUUUUUUUAAUCGUUUCUUUUAAGUUUUAACAUCGGUAGCUAUAAUGAUGUUUAGAGUCAAAACUUGAUAAUAAUAACUAAUACUUUUUCU